GUGCAUGAUUCAUUGCCCCGACAGUUUUGUUUUUUUUUGGAAGUAGGUGCUUACUUUUUGAGGGAACAGCAAGCGAAGGUUGGGAUUGGUAAUCUAGUGUUUUUUAGAAUCAAAGCGGGACUCUGAUAGAAUCAAGAACUAGACUAGAUCCAGAAUUUAUUAGGGGUAGCACAGUUGAAACGAACUCGCCCCACGUAGAAUUUAUAGCAUUUGCAUUCUGCAUGUAUUUGCGUACUGCGUUCACUUUUAAAGAACAAAAAUCGCAAGCUAGAUCCAUAGAAUUCAAAAGUUCCUGAUCCUAUCAAUCUUAUCAAUAAGUUCGUAAGACCCUCAAGUAGAAAGUUAUAAAGCCGCACUAGUGUUCUACUUUCCCCGAGAUAGUUCAUCUUGAUCACGAUCGCGCUCAUUGCCUUGCAUCGUAAUCUACCAUCUACCAGCGCUCGUUAGUUUUAUCUCCUCGUCAUUGGUUUUCCUUUUGCAAUUUCGCCUUACAACGUAUAGCACCAUUUUCCAAAGCUUGUUCUUCAUCCCUCUGUCACAAACAAUGGCCUCUACUACAACAAUUCGGAGUUCUUCUGCUGGUGAUCCUCCUGUACAGGACGAGGGCCACCAGGGUAGCAAACAGCUAUCCCCUCUCCUGUCAGAUCCACACGUCCAAGCAGCUCUCAACCUUUCCGACCAAGCAGCUGAGUCGGUGCUUUCGAUUCCCUUUGUGAAGCCCUAUGAGAAGCAGAAGACUGGGGAAGUGCCGCUCUAUGUCUACUGCUACGAUCGUGCGCAAUAUGAGGAACAAGAGGACUGUGAAUUAGAUUGGGAAAACAAAUACGAAUUUAUGUCCCGAAUGGCACAGCACUACGACACAGUCCAGAAUGUAAGGAUGGAAGAGACGAAAGUGUUGGUGAAAAACGCAAGGAUGAGCGGACCUCUAUGCGGAGGACCUACUCACUCAACAGGAGGACUAGGUAGAAAGGACUCGUCCGCAGCUUCUUGUAAAAGCCUACAACCUCUAGCAGAAGAAGAGCAGUUAUUCACAGCCGGUUUCAGGCUCGUCAACUUGUUUUUCAAGGACCACAAUGAUAAUGUUCUGAAGGACGAUAAGAACAAUGCGAUUGCUCCUGUUGCGGAUGUGAAUGGCAAUCAACAGUUGAAGACUUACGACGAAACGGAGAGCUUUGUUCGCAGCAAACUUCUGCCGGCUGCGCUGAGUGCAGUUGUAGAGAAUGUGGGAAAUUCUUUGAAACAUGAUCAACAAGGUCACGCUCACAAUCGUGAAGAAACAACUUCAUGGGAACCAGUACAUGCUGGAAUUUUCGACUUCACCUUCAGAAACAGUAAGCCAGUGGAUGGCUUUCCUGGGGGCGCUCCCGCUCCUCAAGCGCAUUGCGACUUCUCGAAGGAGAGUGGGCUGACCAGGAUGAAGCGAGUUUUGGAAGGGAAAGAGGCAGCACAGCAUACAUGGACCUCCGCGUGUGCAAAUGUAGCACAGGAACAGGAUGAAGGCUCCUCUUUUGGCGUGUCUGGUGGCAUCAGAUCGCCAUCCAACUGCUUUUUCAAUACAGAAAAGCAAUUUCGAGACUUCGUAUAUCAUGAACUGCCAAUGGUAUCGGAAAAAACAACGUCCACUACCGCAUCCUCUGGCUCUGCUUCUGAUUAUCGCAUUUGCUUCCUCAAUGUCUGGGCGCCUUUGGGCGAUGUGAUCGGAAAGCCUCUUGUUGUGGGUGAUGUGAGGAGCUUCAAAAGCGUGGCCAAGAAGCCAACAUCAGCUGAAGGUCCAGAUAUGGACAACCUUUAUACCCAGGAAAUGUAUUUUAAAGAGGAUGAUCCCUCUGGUGGACAGGAGAAAAUCUCUCGUACUGGCAAGGUUUACAUUGUUGCUCACGGCGGGCAUCAGGAUUGGUACUAUUAUCCGCACAUGAAGUUUGGGGAAGCGUUGAUGUUUCGCACGUGGGACUCGCAUGGGAAGCCAAGUGAAUGGUCCACUCCGCAUUCUGGCGCAACGGACGUAGAGGAGACGCGGUUGGGGUUCAUUCGAAAAUCGGUAGAAAUUCGAUGCUAUGUGAUUUUGAAGAAGAAUCUACAGAAGGAGGCCUGAAGAACACCUCUUGCGUAAGAGGAGGUGCAGGUGGAGGCGCAAAGUAGAUGACGAGUUUGAAAGCGUCUUUAUGCGGUGCAGGUGGAUGCAGAAGCAUAGAGAGUUUCUUAGCUAGAUGAUUGCUGAAAUGAAUCUAUCAUGACCGCACUAGAAGCGCCCACAUUACAAGAUGAGCAUUACUGUAAAAAAGGAGGGCUGAAGAUGCAGGAUGAUGAUGUGUUUGGAGAAGAAACUGAAGGACGAGGUGUGGAAAAGAUGAAGAAGCAGAAGCAGAAAAGGUGCUGCCUUGAUGAAAAUAACCUCAAGUAGUAGAGCACCGACGGAUGAAGCUUUACAGUCCACCACCUAUUUGUAAUUUGCCGACAGUGAAGAUGAUAUUCAACGUCGUGCCUUGAAGAGUUUAUAUAAAGCUUGAUGACAGAACUUGGUAGCCCGGGGAUUAUUCUUACUGGUCAUUUUUAAAGUGCUAGUCAUGUAGUUUUUGCAACUUUCGGAAUCGUAUGUAGUUGAGUUACAAGAACUUGCUCUACGGAGAUCGACUUACGGAAGUGCGCAACUACAUCAAUAUCUCCAAAGGUAGAUACUUAACUAACCCAGUCGAACAAAUUUGAAGGAAGCUCGUUAUUCGCAUGUUGUUGAACUUGGAGCUAAGAUGAGUCGGAAUAAAUUGUUUAAGGUUCUUGACCAGAGUCCUGUGUAUUAAUUAGAUGAUGAGACACGAGCACCUUCACAAGGAACGAAUUACACUCAGAAGUUAGGAUCAACUAAGGCACGUCUACUAACUUGUAGUCAGAAUUUACAAGCGGAACCGGAACUGAGAAGUAAGGCGCAACUGAAUAAAGUACAAUUGAUUAACGUGCGACAACAUCUGAGUAAAGUACAACUGAUUACUGGGUAGAACUAUUGUCGAACCCAUUCAUAAUCGUGUUGAAGCUUAUGGUGCUGAGUGGUAUUGAGUUGGGUCCAGUCUACUUUUUUCUGGACAUCCGACUCCAAAAACCUUCCUAGUUGUUUUCAGGCCAAUGAUAUUAGUGCAAAGAAUAAACACCCCGCUAGAAUAUUACGCCUUACUGAAUUUACUAAGUGUUCGGGUACGCAGCAGAAGCCUGGGACCACCCUAAUCGUCCAUCGAUCUUGAGAGAGAAGCCAUCCUAGUCUAUCUAGCGGCUAGAAGCACUCGAUCUUGAGAGCGAAGUCAUCCACCGAGUCUAUAACUACAGAGGCACUGUCUCAGAGGAACUUGUCUCCUCUACGGCUAAUAUCAGGAAAGGUUGCAACAGGUGGGACGCCUGUGAGUCAUUCCAAGGGGAACAAAAGAGAUCCGAUUUUUAGAGGCAACGUUUAGAAGCCUACUCCCUUCACUGUAUGAGCUGUCGUCGUUAGUACAAGUGAGACAUAUCGGAAUAGAUGCAAUUGCCAACUUGUUGAAAGAAGGUAGCGUCAUUUCGGAAGCGUCUUCAUUCCCGGUGAGUGAAAUGGCCCAUCACGCCGUGUCUAAAACAUUGCCUCCCUUGAUCACGACUGGUAGCUAUUCGUGGAUGCGGGAAUCCUUUUCGAUGAGCUGUAAGUGUUCCUCAAAAUUCUU